AGCAGACACAUUAGGUCGUUUUUUAUCAGAAGAAGAUGUCGUUUUACCUCGGACGAUCCAUUGCUUUGCUCGAGAGGAGAAAGAAAGGCGAUUGGGUCUCCGAAAUUCGUCUGAAAAAGCUGGCCGACGAUAGAGCGAUCGGAAUCUAUACGCAAGCGGCGUAUCCGUGACAGAGAUCAGGUGAAGACGCUGAAGCGAAUCCCGAUUUCCCGCCAAUUGAAGAAAGGCGGGAGGGGAAGGUGAGAAUAGACGGAAGGUGUAGAAACAGCGGAGUUCAGGCUCUGCUUCCAGUUUCGAUUAUCGCUAUCGCCAUCAAAGUUCUGAUACGAUUUGUUGGGUAGAUUUGAAGAUUUUAACAGCGAUGAAGAAGUUAUUGGAGUUUGGGAGGAAGGCGUUUUUCUAUGCGAAAGUGCUUUCAGGAUAUGAAGAACGUGUGUGAUUGCGAAGGCGUUUUGUGUGUUUGUUCCCAAUUCAAGAGGAGCAGUCAACGAUCCCAGUAGCAGGGGCAGCCCAACAAACUAGAUCAACCAUCGCGCGGUUGAAGGGUGCGAUUGCGAAGGCAGCUAUUGCCAAGUGGAAUCGGGGGAGAAACAAAAUCUUUAUUCGCCGGCAGCUCUCGCCGUCCGCUUCCCCUUCGGCCGAGUUUCGACGGAGUCUUCUUUCUUCCCAAAUUGGGUUUGGAAUGAUAGGGGGCUGAUUUCAUUAGUUUCUUUCCGUUUCCAAUUUCUAAUAAAUCGACGCUGGAGUUCGUAAUGAUGACUGAAGCCUGAAGGUACUAUUCAGAGCGAAACCAUGUCGGAAUUGUUGAAUCAAUUCGAAUGCAUUCUCGAUUCCGAUCCCCUCAUCAACGAAGUAGGGUUCAUUCACCCUUCGCAAUUUGCGACAUUAGAAUCGGAAGCCUCGGAUGCGCUGGAUGGUGGAGAUGGGAGCUUCUGGAUUCGAGAUCACAAACUGGGCAUUUCCUCGGAGGUUGUUCUCCUAUUGUACAAGGCUGCCAGAGAACAAUUCAUGAAUGCAAUUGCAGAAUACAGGAAACUCGACGGCCUAUCUCUUCCUUCUGCUGAAGCUCUAGGAAUUGUGGUUAUGAAAUGCAGCAAAGCACUUGUGUUGUUAAGCCCUGAUUUCGGGACUGCUUGGAAUUCCAGAAAGUUAAUAGUAUCGAAGAAGACACAAGCGUCAAUGUUCACUGACGAGCUCCGCUUGUCUGCCCUUGUCCUUUCGUAUUCACCCAAGAGCGAGCAAGCAUGGAGCCAUAGGAGGUGGGUGAUCAAGAAUAUGGCCAGAAAUCGUACAACUUUGCAAGAGAUUCUGAGGGAAGAAUCUGACCUGGUGGAGAAGAUAGCAGAGAGAUCAAAGAUGAACUAUCGUGCAUGGAAUCAUCGCUGCUGGUUGGUUUCUUACAUGGAUAGAGAACAGGUGAUUCAGGAACUGAAGAAAUCCAAAACGUGGGCUGGGUUACAUGUUUCUGAUAAUUCUUGCUUUCAUUAUCGCAUGAGGAUUGCUGCCGUAAGCAAGAAGAGGGGUCGUGUGAUUCUUGUGUUGAAGUUUAUUUGAUCUGGCAGGAGGAGCUUGACUGGAAUGAAGAAUUAAUAAAGCGUUAUUUAGGAAGGGAGGUAUUUUUCUCAAGCCCAUUUAAAAUAUGUGAAUAUAGGGGAACUUGACAAACAUGAAAAUCGAUUACUGCGUUCUGCAAAUUAAAGUAGCUGUGGAAUUGUUUCUGAUCACUUUGUUUCUGAUCACUUUGUUUCCAUUAGUUUCCUCCAAAGCUAACGCCCACCCCAAAUCCCUUUUUGUUCACAGGCUCUAUGGCUCUACCGUCGCUUUCUCUCCUUAUUAUGGAUAAGGCAUUUCACAAGCGAUGUCAACGACGUGUCUUCUCCACAAAAACGCCAAUCUAGCAUCCAAGUGAACGUCAGUGUGUUUUUGGAUGAGGAGUUGCUCCUCGUCAGUUCAUGCUCGGAAGGAUGUGAUGAUGAGUUUGAAGAUUUUGAAGAACAAGCAAUUUGUUCAGCAUCUUACAUGUUAUGGUUGACAAAGCAAAUCCCUGAAACCCAGAAGUUAGAACUGAGAGAGAAGAUAGAGAAUGAGCGUCUGGACGCCAUGUUGAAGUUGGUGUCCCUGAGAGGUCCUCCAUUUGGGGCUAUCUAAGAUUAGUAAGUCUAUUUGGCUGCCAUGGACGCUGGAAGUGGAUGGUAUUAAUGAGAGUUGUUAUUUGCCAUUUCCCGCCCACAGUUACGCAAAAAAUGACCAGUAUACCCCUAAUAAAUUUCUAAAACCUAAAUGUCUAACCCUCCACUCCACUCUCCCUC